UGGGAAAUUGGCUUCAGCAAGUGAUUUGGUCUAAAGACACUUUAAAAAUCGUUUGCAUCCUACAAAAUGAUUUUAAAUGGCUGAUCAGCUACAGGUUGCUGCUACUUCUGUUGAUGAAUCGAACUGACCUGAGCACUACCAGCGAAGUCAGAAUACUGCAAUGGAAUGUGAGUCGCGAUUCAGCGGCAGGUGCUCGCGCCCUCAUAGCGUUAAACAGUGGGAGCUUAGCGGCACGGACUACAAAACCCCAUCAGGGGAUGGUCUGCAAAAUGCAGAUGGGUCGAGGAUGAGAUUUAGCGCCUGGACGCCUGUCAAAAACACAUCAUCCAAUCAACACCUUUUCCAGGAGAGAACAACUCUAAUAUUUCACUGGUUUGAUAUGUGGACCGACAAUCAAAGGAAACAUUUCAUACAGACCCUACUUAAGAGAUGCUCCAAGUCGCAACGGAAGUUCACAAGAGACUGGCUGAUGGAAGCAGUGCCCAUCAAACACGUUGAUUUCACAUCAGUCCUGCCCCGGUGCCUUUCCCUCUACAUCUUCAACUUUCUCAAUCCCAUGGAACUCUGCAAAGCAACUGAAGUGUCCUGGCACUGGAAGUCGAUAGCAGAAGAGGACUGUUUGUGGUUAGACAAGUGUACAAGACGAGGCUGGUUCCUGCCAUACACCCCAUCCAGCAGAGAGGUAGGAGCCUGGAAAGCCCACUAUGUCAGCUGUGCCUCAAGUCUGGACUACCUGACCCCACGGGAGGCUGCUGAGGUGUAUGGGACCAUGAACGAAACGCUCGACGGCGACGUGGAGGAGAAAAGGGAACGACUGAGAGAGCACAUGAUAAGGAGAGCUAUCAGAGAGAGGGGAGCUGAGCUCAAGAAAGAUUCUGUUAAGUCCAGAAGAGCCUGGUUAAGGAGCAGCUGGAGUGCAGGUACCCACUCCAAAGGUGGGCAUGCGCACCAGAUGGCAACCGGGAUGGGAAUCACAGCAUCCCUGGUCACUUUAGGGGAAAAAUGGCGGUCCAUGUUAUCACUACAAGACGAGGAGGAUGCUGUGCUCUCCCCUAAGACUUCAACUAUGGUACAGACUUCAAGAACUUCAUCUGCAAGCUGCCACAGUCUGUCCUCAUCUGUAAGGGCACAUAUGAAGCUGACAGGUGUCUCGUCCUGUCCAGGUCCACCCUGCGUUCGCCUCGUCCUCAUAUCAUCCAGAGUCCCUGCAUAUGAGUUGUUGCUGGCUGCUGCGAGAGUGCCAGUGGAGCUCUGGGUGUAUGACCACAGGUCUGCCACGCUGGACUCACUCAUUACUGAAACCGAGAGGCUGACACAAGGCAGGCGCCUGCAGAGUGUUGGACUCAUAACCAACGGAGGCACUGAGGACAUUCACAUCAUACAAGGAGUGCAGGUUAGCGAGGCCACACUUCUGAAGCCAAAGGUGAGGGAAUUCUGGGAGAAGAUGUCUGGCUUGAUCAUGCCCCAGCGUGAGGGAGGAAGCCUGGAUAUAUUUCUUCCUCUGGCAGCUUCUGAGUCAGGGGUCCGCCUGGUGAGGAAGCUGUCGUCGCUGACUGGAUUGGACAUCAGAGUACCCUCUGGCAUCUGCACUGGCUCAUAUCAACACGUCCUGAGUGAGUGGUGUGGGCCGGGUGAGUUUCCUCCCCUGGUCUACUUCCAUGAGGCGGCCCUGCUGACCUGGUGCUGGCAGGCCGAGUGGCUGGAGGAGGCCCUGGGGGACCUGCGCCUCCACCUGCAGCCACACAUCCAGCAGCUCACCAAGGAGACACAGGGACGCAUGCUGGGUCAUUUCCUCUGUGACAGAAUGAAUUUGCCAGAUGACCUUAUCAAGUCAGAAGUCACAGAAGCUUUGACUGAAGCUUUGAUGGCUCUUUCUACUGAAAGAAUUGAGAAGCCCUUGGAGUUUUUGGCUGAAUACCUACUGAAGAGUUGUGAUGGGCGGGGAGGCACAGAGACCGGAAAGGUGUCUCUGGCACAUAUGGGAGUGCUCAGUCCUCUGAUUGAGGUAGCACAGGGUCCUGCCUGUGAGGCGAGUAGGCGCUUGGCGUUGGUACGAGAGCUCCAGCGCAGUGAGGGCAGAUACGUUCUGCAUCUCCGAAGCAUGAGUACAGAAUACUACACGCCACUCCGAGCUGCGCUGGACUCCAACAGGGCUGUCCUCAGCUCUGCAAACAUCCUCAUGGUCUUCGCCCCUGUUCUUGACAUACUAGAGGUCAACAGUGUGUUCCUCAAGGAAGUAACGGAGCGUCUGAAAGAGUGGGGCCCCCAGCAGUGUGUUGGAGACGUGUGCCAAAAGCUGGCCACCAAGCUGUGGGUCUACACCAACUUCUUCAAUAACUAUCCAACUAUUCUGAAGACCAUAGACAAGUGCAAAGGAGCUCUUCCAGUCUUCAGAUCCUUCCUGAAAAGACACGACAGAACACCCAACACAUAUAUGCUCAGUCUCCAAGAGCUGUUGUUGGCGCCGUAUUAUCGCAUAGAGGAGUACACGACCCUUCUGCAGUCUCUCUGUGUGAACACCCCACCAGAGCACCAGGAUCACGCCCUGAUGACCAUGGCCCUCCACACAAUGCUUAGCUACAGGUCAUUCUUACUCAAGUUGAAAAGGAGCAGCGAUGGAGAUGUGCAUUUGCAAGACACCCAGAGAAUGAUUCAGAGCUGUCCGAAUCUUAAGGAGCCGGGCAGAUAUUUGAUUAUUACGCAAGAUGUGGCAUUACUGAAAUGCCUGAAUGAAAACAUUUGCACCUCCCUGAGGAUGUUUGAGCAUGUGCAAGACCUGGGCCUCUUUCUGUUCAAUGAUGCGCUGCUGCUGAGUGAGAGGAAGGAGUCCCACCAGCCGUAUAGCCGCACUGUCAGAACUUCCCACACCUUCUUGGCCUCAGUGGCUCUCCGCUGCCUCAUCCUCCAAGAUAUACCUGACACCAGAUAUGUGCAGAAUGCGUUCAUGCUCAAGGGCCCAAAGCGGCAGUGGAUAUGUGCUAGUGAGAGAGGGGACGACAAGAUGACUUGGCUGUCCGCCCUGAAGAGUGCCAUUGCUGCUGCCUCAAGCGAACCUUAAAAACGGCACACACUAUUGAGCAGUUUGGUUGAGGUGACCACCCAUGUCUAAGGCUAGGGGAUGGCCUACAAACAGCUAAAUAUGGCAUUGAAGAGUGUGCAUUUUUUGCUUUCUUUUUUUUUAAAGCCACAGUUUUACUUUCAGCUAUGCUGUGGUUAAGGGGCUUUUUCUCUUCUUCUUUUCUUUUCUUCUCUUUUUUCUUUUAUUUUGUUCCUCAUUAAGAAAUGGAUGUAAAACUGAAAUAAAA